AUGAUAUUUUAACAUUUUGAAAAAUUAAAAAAAAAAAAUUCAAAAAGGAUUUAUAGAUUAGAGUGGAAGCAAAAAUCUUAAAUAAAACUUCUAUAAUUAGAUCUAAAACCAAUAAAAAUGUCCGAUCAUCACAUCUUAAACAUAGAAGAGCUAACUGAACUAGCUAAAAGUAAAGGAAUUCACCAUAUCAUCAAUCGUAAAAAUGAAAAGAUGAACUUAGACUUAAUCAGAAUUAAGGAAAGAUUAGAAGCCCUCACCUUCAAUCUUGAUAGAAACUUCGUCAACAUGGACUUAAUCAUCUAAAAGGUUGUCAAUGGUAUGUACGAUGGCAUACACACCACUGAAUUGGAUGAGCUUGCUGCUGAAACUGCUGCAUAUAUGACAAUUAUUCAUCCUCAUUAUUCUCUCUUUGCUGCUCGUAUUGCAGUUUCAAACUUACACAAAGAAACAAGCUCUUCUUUCUUUGAAACCAUUUCUGCCCUUUACAAUUAUGUUGAUAAGAGUGGUAGAUAAGCAGGUUUAAUUGCAAAAGAUGUUUAUGAAAUUGUUAAAGAAAAUGCAGAAGCAAUUGAAAAGGUUAUCAAUUAUGAUAGAGAUUAUACUUAUGAUUUCUUUGGUUUCAAGACUCUUGAACGUAGUUAUCUUUUGAAGAUUCAUGGAAAGAUUGCUGAAAGACCACAACAUAUGUUAAUGAGAGUCUCUAUUGGUAUCCACAAGAGAGAUUUAGAAAGUGCUUUUCGUACUUAUAAUUUAAUGAGUGAAAAAUGGUUCACACAUGCUACUCCUACACUUUUUAAUUCAGGUACUCCUAAGCCAUAAAUGAGUAGCUGCUUCUUGCUAUAAAUGAAGGGUGACUCUAUUGAAGGUAUUUAUGAUACCCUUAAAUAAAGUGCUUUGAUUUCUAAGAGUGCUGGUGGUAUUGGUAUUUCAGUUCAUAAUAUUAGAGCAAGGGAUAGCUAUAUUAGAGGAACUAAUGGUAUCUCUAAUGGUCUUGUUCCUAUGCUUAGAGUAUUUAACGAUACUGCUAGAUAUGUUGACUAAGGUGGUGGUAAGAGAAAGGGAUCCUUUGCCAUCUACUUGGAACCAUGGCACUCUGAUAUUUUUGAGUUCCUUCAAUUAAAGAAGAACCACGGUAAAGAAGAAUAAAGAGCUAGAGAUUUAUUCUAUGCCCUCUGGAUUCCCGAUCUCUUUAUGAAGAGAGUUAUUUCUGAUGGAACAUGGACUCUUAUGUGUCCUAACGAAUGUCCUGGACUUCCUGAUGUUUGGGGAGAUGAAUUCGAAGCUCUCUACACAAAAUACGAAAAUGAAGGCAAAGGUAGAAAAACCAUAAACGCCAGAGAAUUAUGGUAAGAUAUAGUUGAUAGUUAAAUCGAAACAGGUACUCCUUAUAUGCUUUAUAAGGAUGCUUGCAAUAGAAAGUCUAACUAAUAAAACUUAGGUACUAUUAAGAGUUCCAAUCUCUGCACAGAAAUUAUUGAAUAUACAAGCCCUGAUGAAGUAGCAGUUUGCAAUUUAGCUUCUAUUUCAUUAGUUAAAUUUGUUAAAGAAAACGGAGAAUACGAUUAUCAAAAGCUAUAUGAAAUCUCCAAGGUUGUUACUUUUAAUCUUAACAAGGUUAUUGAUGAAAAUUACUAUCCCGUUAUUGAAGCUAAAAAUUCUAACAUGAGACACAGACCUAUUGGUAUUGGUGUUCAAGGUUUAGCAGAUGCUUUUAUCAAAAUGAGAAUUUCAUUCGAAAGUGAUGAAGCUCAAAUUGUCAAUGAAAAGAUUUUUGAAACUAUUUAUUUUGGUGCAUGUGAAGCUUCUAUGGAAAUUGCAAUUAAGGAAGGACCCUAUGAAACUUUCAAAGGAUCUCCUGCUUCUAAGGGUCAACUCUAAUUUGAUCUUUGGAAUUACAAGCCUCAUUUAUGUGGUUAUGAUUGGGAUGGAUUAAAGCAGAAAAUCGUAGAACACGGUAUGCGUAAUUCCCUUUUGAUUUCUCCCAUGCCUACUGCUUCUACCUCUCAAAUUUUGGGUAAUUGCGAAUCCUUCGAACCUUACACUUCAAAUCUUUAUACACGUAGAGUUCUUGCUGGUGAAUUUGUUUGCAUUAAUCCUCAUCUUGUUUAAGAUUUAAUUGAAAGAAAUCUCUGGAAUCCUUCUAUUAAAAACUAACUCCUUGCAUUUAACGGUUCUGUUUCUCAAGUUCCUGAUAUUCCUGAUGAUAUCAAGUAGCUAUAUAAAACUGUUUGGGAAGUAUCUCAAAAAGCUAUCAUCAAUCUUGCUGUCGGCCGUAGUCCUUUCAUCGAUCAAUCAUAAUCUUUAAAUAUUCAUAUUUCUGAUCCUUCUUAUUCUAAGAUUACUUCCAUGCAUUUCUAUGCUUGGGAAAAAGGACUUAAGACUGGUAUGUACUACUUGAGAAGUAGACCUGCUGCUGAUCCUAUCAAAUUCACCUUAGAUGUUGAAAGUUUACUUAGAGAAGCUGGCUCUAUUAAUGUUUAAAAUAUUAAUGGUAAGAGAAAAUAAGAUGAUCUUUAAGAAUUAGAAAACCCUGAAGGUAUCAAAGAAGAACCAACCAAGAAAUUUAAAUCUGAUGAGUAAUCAGGCGAACAAUAAUAAUAAUAAUAAAAUUAAGCUGACCAAAAUCAAGCAUGUCCAAUGAGAAAGAGAAGAAAAAAUUCUAAAGGUAAAUGGGAAUAUGAAGAAGGAGACUGCUUAGCUUGCGGUUCUUGA